AUGGUUCAAAAAGAUAAGCCGCUGGAGACUCCUCAAUUGGCCGGUGAGCAGAGCCCCAGCCCGGUCUCCGGAGAGGCUCGCGAGGAGGCCCCUGGUCCGGUGGAGGAGUCCGGCAUCGGGGUCGAACCCACGGGCCACAGGAAAUUCAUAUGCGGAGUCGUGGAAGGCUUCUAUGGUCGACCGUGGACAAUGGAGCAGAGGAAAGAGUUGUUCAGAAGGCAGCAGAAAUGGGGACUGAGUACGUACCUUUAUGCGCCUAAAGAUGACUACAAACACAGAAUGUUCUGGAGAGAGCUGUACUCGGUGGAAGAAGCAGAGCAACUCAUGACUUUGAUUGGGGCCGCUAAGGAGUACGGGAUAGAGUUCAUCUACGCCAUUUCCCCCGGACUGGACAUCACCUUCUCCAACCAGAAGGAGGUUUCUGCACUCAAGAGGAAACUCGACCAGGUUACUCACUUCGGCUGCAAGUCUUUUGCCUUACUUUUUGACGAUAUCGACCAAAACAUGUGCCCCGCUGACAAAGAGGUGUUCAGCUCAUUUGCACACGCUCAGGUUUCCAUUACCAACGAAAUCUACCAGUACCUGGGCGAGCCUGAAACCUUUCUCUUCUGUCCCACAGAGUACUGUGGAACGUUUUGCUUCCCAAAUGCCGCUCAGUCCCCCUACCUGCACACAGUCGGAGAGAAGCUACUGCCGAGCAUUGAGGUGCUGUGGACCGGCCCCAAGGUGGUGUCCAAAGACAUCUCGGUCGACUCAAUUGAGGAGGUGUCAAAAAUCCUAAGAAGAGCCCCGGUGAUCUGGGACAACAUUCACGCCAACGAUUAUGACCCCAAGAGGCUGUUCUUGGGUCCGUACAAGGGCCGCUCCACGGAGCUCAUCCCCAGGCUGAAGGGAGUCCUCACCAACCCCAACUGCGAGUUUGAGUCCAACUUCGUGGCGAUCCACACUCUGGCCACCUGGUACAAGUCUAACAUGAAUGGGGUGCGCAAGGACGUGGUCAUGACGGACGGGGAGGACAGCACCGUGUCCAUCCAGAUCAAGUUGGAGAAUGAAGGCAGCGAUGAAGAACUGGAGACGGACAUGCUCUACAGCCCACAGCUUGCUCUCAAACUGGCCCUCACAGAAUGGCUCGUGGAUUUUGUCGAGCCUCAUCAAUACGACAGCCGACAGGUGCCUCAGAGCGGUGACAAGAGCACAGCCAUCGACGUCUCGCCCAUGGCUGCUCCCUCUCUCUGCUGUUCCACAACAGUCACCACUGUGUUCCAGCAGCCCAUCAUGUCUCCAGCCAUGCCGCCUCUCUGUUUGGAUCCGCUCUCGCACACCAUGGCGAAGAUACCUCAGGAGGAAGAGGAGGUGGAGGGGGGGAAGAAGGACUCUGACGAGGAGCCCAUGGAGAUGGUGGUUGAGAAGCUGGAUGAGCCGGAGCCAGAAGCAGAAGCUGACCCGGAGGAGAAGCAGGUUGGUCCCGUUUCAGCUGAGGACCUGAAGCCCAUGGACACAGACAAGGAGAGUCUGACAGAGUCUAAAUCCCCCGAGGAGUCUAUCCAGGAGGACCCUGGGAGUGAUAUUGCCCCUAUGCAGACCGACGAUCUGCUCAAGCAGGAUUUGUUUGUGGCCGACGAGGAGCCCCCGUUCAAAGCAGAGCCCCUCACACUCGACGACCUGAGCCUGCUGGCAGAGCUCUUCUACCUGCCGUAUGAACACGGGCCCAAGGCCAUCCAGAUGUUAAAGGAGUUCAACUGGCUCCGAGCCAACAGCAGCGUCGUCAGUGUCAACUGCAAGAGGAAGGAGACCGAGAAGGUGGAAGAAUGGCAAUCAAGGGCAGAGAAGUUCGAGGAGAUGUGCUGCUCCGUCAUCCAGAUGUUCACACGGCUGUCCAAUUCAGCCAACCGCACCAUCCUCUACGACCUCUACACUUACAUCUGGGACAUCAAGAGCAUCAUUUCUAUGGUCAAGUCUUUUGUCCAGUGGCUAGGGUGUCGUAGUCAGUCCUCAGCACAGUUCCUUAGAGGAGACCAAGAACCCUGGGCCUUUAGGGGAGGUCUAGCAGGAGAGUUCCAGAGAUUGUUGCCAAUAGAAGGGGCAAACGAUCUUUUCUUCCAACCUCCACCUUCAAUGCCAACCUCCAAAAUGUAUUCCAUAAGGCCGUACUAUCCCAAAGAUGUGACUGCCAUUUAUAAAAUCUGUAAAGAAAUGUACAGCGAAGGGAUGGAGGAUGAACCCGCCUCUGAUGAGGAUUCUGAUCUCAUAGGAGACAGGUUAGUAGGAGGUCUCCUGACACUGAGUUCAGACUACGGGUUUGUGCUCGAGGACGAUGAAGGGAUCUGCGGUUAUGCUCUCGGUACUGUGGAUGUCCAGCCCUUCGUCAAGAAAUGCAAGUUGAACUGGAUUCCCUUCAUGAAAGAGAAGUACGUUAAACCUGACUGCGAGAAGGACCUCACAGACGCUGAGAAAAUGAUGCUGAGUUUCCACGAAGAGGAGGAGGGUCUUCCAGACUCUUUCCUCUCCAACUUCCCCUCUCUCAUCAAGGUUGACAUUCAUGCUAAAGUCACUGACCCCAGUGUGGCCAAAAGCAUGAUGGGAUGUCUUCUAUCGUCUCUUAAGGCCAACGGGUCCCUUGGUGCGUUCUGUCAGGUUCGUCAGACCGAUAAGAGAAUGUUGGACUUUUAUAGUAAACUGGGAUGCUAUGAAGUGGCCAAAAUGGAGGGCUUUCCCAAAGACGUCAUCCUUAUGGGCCGCAGCCUAUGAAGAGACCUCCUGCGUCAGUAACAGACAGACAGAGAAGACAGCAAGGCUCCAACAUGUUUGCUACCUUCAUGAGGAAAAACGUCCAUGAUGAUUUUAUACUACAUUACCAUCUGGGCUAGCCCGGGGGAAAAAACCUCUUUUUAGGAUUUGUGUACAGAAGCACAGCAGUCGCACACAGAUUCCCUGCGCUGCCAUUAGAUGCUAUGGCUCUGUUGGAUCCAGCAGAUCCGAAGCUAGAAGGCCGAUGAGCGAUCUGUAAUCAGUCGAUUUCAGCCAACAUGGAAGAGUGGCACUCCAGCAAUGAUUGUGGGGUCUCACUUCUCAUAUACCUCCAGGAGGCAGGAAGUGAAAACUCCAUAAGCCUUUUUCUCAGAUUUAAUCCGGUAGUCGUUACAUGGAUAUUUCCCUCAUGCCCGAAUGCAAAGUGUCUGUGUCUGAAAUGGAGGCAGAGCUGUAAAACGAGGGUGACCUGGCCUGUAUCUCAGGUGAUGUCUCACUUACCCGUACAUCCUGAGAAAUAACGCAGCUGUUGACAUAAGUAGGACACCUUUAUACAGGAUGUGAGGUGCUAUGUGUCACAUCAUGGAUUUUCCCGUUGCUCCACAAUAGACUUGGAGAAAGAGGCCUUUUAAGUGGCUUGUUUCUCUCAAAAACUGAUGUGAAAUGCUGAGCCUGCACAAAUGAAGGGUGGGAACAUUUGAAAAUUGUUCGGAGUUGAAACCCUCCGUAAAAGAUCGUCUUAGACCAGCAAGUGGAAAGUAUUCAUGAAGUCCUCUGAGUUUUUGUUCAACUAGCAGUAGACCUUUGGAAAAGCUCUAGAAACGCUUCCACGAGUUUACAAACAUCAGCCCGUUUCUGUUCUGUGCUUUGCUUGUGGCCAUUUUAUCUUAAUAAUUCAGCUUAUUUCCCUUUUUGAGCUAUUGCCUUUUGGUUCAUUGCCUUUGUAUUUUAAGUUUAUAUUGCAGACCCCAGUGUCUUUUGUUUGAAAGCUUUCUGAGACGUAUCGGUCAGAUAUAGCUGGAGUCGGGUCAUUUUAGGACAUUGGCCUAGUCGCUCAAAUUCCAGACAUGUGGCGUAACAUCGACGGUCACAUGUCUUAGUUUUUCCCGACCGGAUCCCAAACUCCAGCGCAGAAACCCUUCAGUAAACCUAAGCUAACUGCCAGGGACACCCCUUCUUAAAGCAGGACCCGUGGGACCAAAAUCUUGAUUUUUCUGCUCUGCUAUUAAGAAGAAAACUGUAAUAUUUGACAGGCGCCAAUUUACAUCGGAAUGCAACGGUUAAAAUAAGUAAGAAUCCUAAAGACUUGGAAGCAUUAACUGUCACAAAGCUGCUCCUUUUAUUUCUUAACCACUAAUUCCAAACCUGACCUGUGAAGCAGCGGGUGAGCUGGACUAUGUUCAAGAGAUGUCCUAAAAGAGAAUAUAUAUUUUUUUGCUUUCUAUUGGUAAUGUAAAAUGAUCACUUUACAUCUAUCGGCUUGCAUCCCUCCCUGCAUUGUUUCAACAUGGCAUCCUCUCAAAUGAAUGUCUUCUCGGGUUGAGCCUCGGUGAGAAAUUCCUCGACCUUUUCCUAUCUGUCCGUUGAAUGUUUUAUAUUCUGACGCAUUUCCCAUUUUGUUUUUGUAAAUCUUAUGUAGUUUGUUAAGAAGAAGCGUUUGGACUACAGAUAGGCCGUGUUCUGUUGGUUACUUGAGGAUCAUCAGUAGCUGUCUGCCAAUGUGAUGUUUUGAUACUGUGUACAUUCAUAAUGUGCAUGAGGUGUAAUGGAUUUGCUGUGACAGUCAUUAGAAUAACCUCAUCUCGUGCUCCAUAGAGGAAGAAGCAUGCCACGCACCUCUAUGAGCAUGAUACUGUAGAUCGUAUAGACGGUCAAUCAUGAAGCGUUAUUAUUUUGUAUAUCCUUGUUAAAAUUGUGGCUAGCUUUCUGUUUAAAGUGCUGGUCUGGUUACAAUGCCCCGUCUUGUACAGCUAUCCAAUGUGCUGCCGUUCCAGCGAGGUGAGAAACACACCCACAGGAGUUUUCAUUCUCGUCGCACAAGCUGUCUCAUCUGCCAACCGGUCUUGAGGGAAAUGGCUCCAAUUGCACAUUUUGAUUUGGGGGGGGGGUCAUAAAAGUGACACAUGUACAAUUUGUAUGUAAGAUACAUAAGAUUCAAAACUAAUAAACCAUGAUAAAGUCA